AUGUUUCUAUAUGAUGAAGAAGCAACACAGGUGAUCAUUUUUGAAAAUAACGAUGAAAGAGGGAUAUUAUUGUUGAAAUCCCAACCGUAUCCGGAUACUCCUCUUGCACAGCAGUAUUCAGAUACUCCUCUUGCCCAACAGUAUCUGGAAGAAUAUUAG